AUGGCCAAUGGGCUUAAUGAUGCAAAUAUAUGUCUUUUACCUAAGAAGGAGAAGCCAGAUGAGAUGUCACAGUUCAGGCCAAUAAGUCUAUGUAAUGUCAGUUACAAGAUUAUAUCCAAAGUCCUAUGCCAAAGGUUGAAAAAAGUAUUACCAGAUCGAAUAUCUGAAACCCAGUCAGCUUUUGUUGCUGGAAGACAGAUAACAAAUAAUGUCUUGAUAGCUCGGGAAAUGUUCCAUGCUCUGCGUACGAACUCUGGGGGAAGGGUGAAGAGAAUGGCGAUAAAGACUGACAUGAGUAAGGGUUACGAUAGGUUGGAAUGGGAGUUUAUUAGCGCGGUCUUGAAGAAGAUGGGAUUUUCAGACACAUGGAUUGAAUGGAUAAUGCGAUGUGUAUCAUCAGUGAAAUACCAUGUCUUAUUCAAUGGUCAACCAAGAGGAAAUAUAACCCCUCAACGAGAGAACCAAGGAAAGAUUACGGGGAUGCGCGUUUCACGUGCUAGCCCCCCGGUAUCCCACCUUCUCUUUGCUGAUGAUAGUCUUUUCUUUUGCAAGGUGGAGCCACGUGAAUGCGAUGAAGUUAUGAAAGCACUUGGGACCUAUGGAAAAGCCUCGGGACAAUGCAUUAAUUUUGAAAAAUCCUCCUUACUCUUUGGUAAGAGAAUACCUGGACAUGUCAAGGACACUCUGAAACUAUCAACUAGAAUUACAAAUGAGGGAGGAAUGGGCUCCUAUCUUGGUAUCCCUGAAGAUAUUAGUGGUUCGAAGGUAAGGCUGUUUGCCUUUCUGAAGGAACGUCUACAAAACCGUGUUAAUGGCUGGACAGGAAGAUGGCUAACAAGGGGAAGAAAGGAGGUGCUUAUAAAGUCUAUACUGCUGGCUCUACCUACGUAUGUAAUGUCGACCCUUCUUCUCCCCUUGGAGACUUGUGAGAACUUAGCUAGUGCCAUUGCACAGUUCUGGUGGAGCUCGAACCCUCCGAAGAGAGGAAUACACUGGGUUAAGUGGGAGCAACUCUGCAAAUCAAGGGAAGAAGGAGGAAUAGGGUUCAGGAUGAUCCAUGAGUUCAAUCUCGCAAUACUUGGGAAGCAACAGUGGCGAUUAGUGCAAUUUCCGGACUCUUUACUGGCAAGAGUAUUGAGAGGACGAUAUUUUUGUUUUAGCUCAGCAUUACGACUAAAUGAUGUUAACAAUCCCUCAUAUGGGUGGAGGAGUAUAAUGGCUGCAAAGCCAUUAAUAACGCUGGGGAUUAGAAAAAAGGUACACUCUGGGAAUGAAAUCAGGAUGUGGGAAGAUCCUUUGAUCCCAACGAUACCGGCAAGACCAGCUAGGCCAAUUGCACCAGUACUUCACCCAAUGAUGCCAGUGAGCAGUCUGAUGAUUGGGAACCCGAAGAGAUGGAAUACAGAGAUGAUAGAGAAUUAUGUCCAUCGGGAGGAUAUCCCAUUGAUUCAGUCACUGGCCAUAAGCCAGGACUAUCAACGAGAUGGAUAUUGCUGGAGCUAUACGAAGAAUGGGAUGUACACUGUCAAAUCAGGUUACUGGGUGGCAACUAAUUUGCUAAAGGAACAGUCAUUGGAGACGAAGGAGCCUAGUAUCACAAAGCUCCAGGCCUAUGCUUGGAAGAUAAAAUCUCCUCCAAAAAUGAGACAUCUCAUUUGGCAGGUGGUAUCGGGCCAACUAGCAGUAACGAGUAAUCUGACUAAUCGCCAUAUGCGAUGCGAUAAUUACUACCCUCGAUGUGGUGCAGAUGAUGAAUCUGUAAAUCACGCCAUCUUUGAGUGUCCUCCUGCAAUUCAGACAUGGGCACAUGCAUCAACCCCAAUGCCGCCGACUAUAUUUCCAAGCGGAAAAUUGGACAGGGACCCAUAUCCAUGGAUCAUAUGGUUUAUUUGGAAAUCGAGGAACAACAAACUCUUUAAAGGAAUUGACAGGGACCCUUUGGAAAUUGUCAGACACGCUGAAUCUGAAUGCCAAGCUUGGUUUGACGCAAAUCAAAGAACGGAUGAGGUGGUGGAAGAACAAAACACAGUAAGGAAUCCAAUCUCCGAGCGCUGCAUGAUAGAUGGAUCAUGGACACAUGAUGCACUCUUUAGUGGUUAUGGAUGGACAUGGGCAAGUUCAAGUGGUGCGCUACAAUUAUUGGAAGCAAGAAAUCAACGACGUCGAAUCUCACCACUGCAUUCUGAACUGGAAGCAUUAUCAUGGGCAAUGGAAUGUAUGCUACAGGUAUCAACAUGCCAAUCUUUUGGGACUGACUGCAAGGAAUUAAUCGCGAUGACCAAAGACCCUGGAGCAUGGCCGAGCUUUUCUACUGAGCUGGAGGAGUUUAUGAAGUUGAAAGCAAGAUUCUCGGAAUUCUCGAUUGUUUUUGUACCUCGUCAGGAAAAUGUAUCGUCUGAUUCACUAGCUAAGAUAUCGAGAUCCUUCCAUAUAGACUUGUAUUACAUUGGUUGUUCUGUUCCGGUCUGGUUUCCCAGACCAACUCAAGCUUGA